AUGUCCAGAUCAGUGCGCCCCAAGCGCGCCGGUGAAGAUUACGCCCGCACCCACCAAGCCGAAGAAAAUGAAAUCGACGGCCCUUCUACAACCAAAAAACUACGCUUCGAUCUCCGCAACCCAUCCGCACUAGCACCAGACGAACUUGAAGAUGACGAGAUCCUGGACGCGGACGAGAUCGGCCGUCGAGGCCAGGGCGUUCGUCGCAACGCCGUCAAUCUAGACGGGUACCAAUCAGACAGUGAAAACGAAGGAUUCGAUGCGCGAGUUGAAGCUAAAGCCAAGGCUAAACGACGGGAGCAAAAAGAGCAGGGCGGUGGCGGUGAUGAGGAUGAUAUGUUCGCCGAUGAUGUGGAAGAAGAGGCUGAGGAGGAAAUGGGAGAAGACGAGGCAUACAGGAAAAAUAAGAAAAAUGUGCGGUUUUUGAGCAACGAGGACAUAGAGGGACAGGCAAACAGGUCGCGCGGUGGUCGCGCUGUUCACGUUGACCUUGCGAAUCCACUCAAAACACAAGCCGCAGAAGAUGUGGAGAGCGAAAGUGAAAGCGAAGUUGACGAAGCAGAACGUGCACGAGUCGACGAGGGCAUGGAUGAAGAAGUCGGAGCUGGUGGUAAAAAGACACAUGCGCCAUUGAUUGAUGCAUUCAAUAUGCGCGCCGAACAAGAAGAAGGUCGAUUCGACGAGCAAGGGAACUUCGUCCGAAAAGCUGUGGACCCCGACGCAGUUCACGAUACAUGGCUGGACGGUCUGUCGAAAAAAGACAUUCGUCGCGCCAAAGAAGCGGCGGAUAAGAGGGAAAAUGAGCGACGAGAACGCGACAAACAGAAUGAUAGUAUACUCGCAGCCGACCUUUUGCGUACACUUAUUACACACAUGGAGCGCGGAGAGACGGUAUUGGAAGCACUUGCGCGAUUAGGAAAGGGUCUGCGCAAGAAGCCGAAGUGGCAAAAGAAUAAAAAUAGAAAGGCAAAAGAAAAUAAUGCAGAAGACGUUGAAAUGGCUGAAGAGAACCCAGACGAGACAAGGCGGAAGAAAGCUAUUGACGAUAUUACCGGCGCGGCCGACUUGCUUCUAACGAGAGGCCAAACGGAAAUAUAUGAUCAAGAAAGGGAGAUUCUUACACGGCAAUUCAAGCGAGAAACGGGUGAAGCAUGGGUUGAUCCACCUGAAGUGGAUGAGCGUCAAGUUGCAAGCGAGAUUCAAGCUCCAGCCGAUGCAGGCUCAUUAUGGGAAUACCGAUGGUCUGAUGCGCGGGAUGGAGGGGAGACGCAUGGUCCAUACGAUGGUGCUAUGAUGCAAUCGUGGAAUGAUGCGGGAUAUUUUGGGGAAGGGGUAGAGUUUCGCAGAGUAGGGGGAACAGAGAGUGAUUGGGGUCCUGUUACUUCGUUCUCAUGA